CCGCGAGCGAGUGCGGAAGUGACUUCUCCUGUGAACCCCGUGCGUGCAGAUGGCUGGACUCCGGCGCGGAGUGGCGGCGGCGGAGUCGGCGGGAACGGCGGGGUUUGGGAGACCAGGGCGACCGCAGGGCCGGAGGCAGCAAGAGUUGGGGAAGCAGCGCUCGGCGCCAUGGCCGGGACCGCGCAGCAAAGAAAAGAAGAAAGUGAAUUGCAAGCCCAAGAACCAGGAUGAACAGGAAAUUCCUUUCAGGCUGCGAGAGAUUAUGAGGAGCCGGCAAGAGAUGAAAAAUCCUAUCAGUAACAAGAAGAGGAAGAAAGAGGCCCAGGCAGCCUUCAGUAAGACACUGGAGAAGGAAGCAAAGGGAGGGGAACCGGACAUUGCCAUACCCAAAUUCAAGCAGAGGAAGUGGGAGUCCGACAGGGCCUAUGUCCGGCGCAUGGAACAGGAGGCCCAGCACGUGCUAUUCCUCAGCAAGAACCAGGCCAACCGGCAGCCCGAGGUGCAGGUGGCUCCCAAGAAGGAGAAGUCGGAGCGGAAGAAAGCGUUCCAGAAGCGGCGACUGGACAAGGCCCGGCAGAGGAGGGAGGAGAAGGCAGCAGAGAGGCUAGAGCAGGAGCUGCUCCAAGACAUGGUAAAGUUUGGUGAAGUCGCGCUGCAGCCCCCAGAGCUGACCGCCAAGCCCAGGAUGAGCAUGAGUAGGGACCAGCCUGGCAAGAAAUCACUGAUGCUGAAGAAGCUUCUAAGCCCUGGCGGUGUGUCCCAGCCUCUGACCACCUCACUGGCCAGACAGAGGAUCGUGGCGGAGGAGAGGGAGCGGGCCGUGACUGCCUACAGGGCGCUAAGGAGACUGCAGCAGCAGCGGCAGGGGACUCAGUUGCCACAGCCACCCCACCUCACUCCCGGGAAGAAGCCAGAGACGCAGCUGUGAUGACAAGGGACCAGAGCUGCUGCACCUGGGCUGGAGCUGGACAAGCAGAUGGCCUACAGUCGAGAGUCCUUUCCCAGGACAUAUUCUGGGACUCAGGUGGGGGAGCGGGCUCCUGUUUUUUCUCCCUAGAGACUGCUCUUUCAGGAGUGACCAUCCGCUGGACCCAUAUCUCGCAUAGAGCAUUGUCUGUCUCCUGAGCCCCCGUAGAUGGAGCCACCACCGCGGUGAGAUGCAGUCAGCGUCGUUUCCUUGAGCCUAGCAUCACAUGCAGCUUUGUUCUGAACACACAGGUCCAGGCUGAGACACAACCCAGGGCCACUUUAGGGAGGGCCAAUCCCAUAAUCCUGUCCCUAAAUGCCAGUGAAUUGUAGACACUGCUGACUCGAUAAGCGAGGCUCUACUGGAUUCGACAGAGCCACACGGCUGGAGCCAAAGCCAGACAGCAGGCUGGUGUGGAGCAGGGGCGGGGGGUCAGCAUCUAGGCUACCUAGAACACUGUCACCACGGUCCCCGCAGGAUAGGUGGAGCCACCCCAGCUUAUGUUGGGGUGUGAAGACUGAGCCACCCACACUGAGGUUGGGGAGGCUGAGUCCUUAUGUCAUCAAGGCCUCUGGGGAGGACAUGGCGGGGCUCUCCAGCAGGUCCAGAGUGGCUAGACAGCAAGGACAGGAGCCCAGCCCAGGGCUCUCUUGCGAUCAGAGGGGCCAUGUAAGUUCCUGCUAAGGGCAGGGCCUGGCAGGGUUUGAACCUCACACGGGCGCCAAAGGACGGAGCACCUGGGUUUAUCCUCCUGCUCAGGUGUGGGAUAUAAGUGAGAGCAUGGGGAUGUGGCUUACAGGCUGCUAGCAGUUGAACAUGGAGGGACAGGGUCAGGCUGCUCAUAGCCCUGUUGGAGGUUGACAGCCACUGGGCUGCCUUGCUGUCUACAGCUCAGGCUCCUCUAGCCAGCAAAGAUGGCCUGAGCAGCUCAGUCAGUGCUAGGCCUCAGCACUGGCCAGGGCAGCCCUAGAGAAUGAGUGUGGAAUGGUAUGGGAUCUGUUUCGCUCUUCCCCAAGUUUGUAUUUUAUGCAGUGAAGUUUAUUUUUUAAUUAAAAGAUUGAAGUUCUGGAA